AUGUUCCCCAAUCAGCGCUACUUCGCUUUUCUUCUGGUUCCUAGUGCCCUUGCGCUCCCUGCAGCUCAAGCACAAUCCAACUAUAUAUCAUCUUGUGGCCCGGAUUGGAUGGCUAUCAAUGAUGUGAAGACAAAUCACGGAACUGUGCAGCGGGUCGGAUACAACACCGCAGUCGAUUCGUUCUGCAACAAAGCUGGGGGCGUCUCAGUAGGUGCAGGUGCUUACACCUCCAUGGCAACACGCGUCUGGCUUGACUACGGUAGCAACCCUGAGACAACUGGGCUGAAUGGUUGGGUCUACUUUGAGAUACACAAUAAACAGAGCAGUACGCAUCUAGUCAACGCUGAGAGUUGCAAACAAUAUCUGAAAAAGCUCUCCGAGAACACCAGUGGCAACUCAUGCUACGGACCAGGAAACAAGGACACGAAAGGAGGCACUUGGCAAGUUGGAAGCGAUGCUGUCUCUUACCACGCACUCGCGAACAAGUUCCCUCCAAAUUCCGAUUCGGUGGAUAAGAUCGUAACGCAGACUGGAGCAAUCUCUGCGCUGGGUGACGGCGGCAAGGGCAACACGCUGGAUCCUUUCCCAACUUAUGCCUUCAACGAUGUUACUCCCUUCGCAUGCCACUCGCACAAUGAUUAUACCCGCGACAAAGCGCUAUACUCCGCUCUAAGCGCCGGCUGUAUCUCUGUGGAAGCAGACAUCUGGGUCCACAGCACGAAGCUCGUUGUUGGACACACCGAUUCCGGGUCCAACGGCCAGACCUUCGUCAAUCUCUACGUCAACCCCCUGAAGAAGCUUAUAGACGAGCGAAAGGCAGUAUUCCCUACGAAGCCCGACCAACCGCUUUCCCUGUUGAUUGACUUCAAGAACAGCGGCUCCGACGCAGACAAAGCGUGGGAUCAGCUUGUUGCCGAUCUCCAACCCCUCCGAGAUGCGGGCUACCUUAGCCACUACGAUGGCAGCUUCAAGCAGGGUCUCGUCACCAUCGUUGCCACUGGUAACGCGAUAAAAGACCUUUCCUCAUCUGCGCCAUCUCCCAUCGCCAAGGCCCUUUCUGAUGCGACGAACCCUCAACACGCGAUCUUCGUUGAUGCUGUCAUCCACAAAGAUAUGUCGCGCUUUGACUCGUCGAAUGCUUACUACGCGAGCGCGAAGUGGAGCGAUGCAGUGCCGAAAGGUUUGCCUAUUUCUGGGGAUUCGAAGACUAAGUUGGAUGAGGCGCAUUCUAAGGGGUUCAAAGUGAGAUAUUGGGAUAUCCCGGGCAAGGAUAGCUGGCAGCAGAUUGUAGACUCCGGGGUGGAUCGGCUCAAUGUGGACGACCUUCAGUACAUCGCAGGUCUAGAUUGGUAG